UUGAACCGUGUGCGAAACGAAAGUGUCUAGCAAUGAGCAAACUUUUAAAACUAGGAUUUCUUGGAGGCGGCAAGAUGGCUCAAGCCAUGGCGAAUGGGUUUAUUUCCGCUGGGCUUACACGUGGCGAUAGCAUGACUGCUAGCUUCCAUCCUUCGGACCACGCCAACAUCGAAGCCUUCAAGUCCUUCGGUGCGAAGACGUACGUCGAGAACCUGCCAGUCGUAAGCGGUUCCGAAAUCAUCUUCAUCUCCGUCAAACCCGCGGUCGUCUCGAGUGUCCUGCAAGCCGUCCGUCCCGCUAGUGCCGGUAAACUAUUCAUCUCGAUCGCGAUGGGCGUAACGUUGCGCGAGCUUGAAAAUUCGCUGGAAUCUUCGGCUCGCGUGAUGCGAGUCAUGCCCAACACGCCCGCACUGGUUCGAGCUGGCGCUUCCGUGUACGUGCGUGGUUCAGCCGCAACGGACGAUGACUGCAAAGUAACGCAGGCCCUUUUCCAAGCCGUGGGCACCUGCGAGGAAGUCUCAGAAACCAUGAUGGAUCCCAUCACAGCCCUCUCGGGCAGUGGACCGGCGUACGUGUUCGUCAUGAUUGAAGCGCUAGCUGAUGGAGCUGUGCGCAUGGGUUUACCACGUGAUCUAGCCUAUCGAUUGGCAUCACAAACGGUGCUCGGAUCCGGUAAGUUGGUUCGCGAAACCGAACGCCAUCCGGGACAGCUGAAGGACGACGUUACGAGUCCUGCCGGAUCAACGGCGGCCGGGUUGGCCCAUCUGGAGCAAAAUGCCUUCCGACACGCCGUCAGUGGCGCCGUGGAAUCGGCCACUGUUCGUUGCCGUGAAAUUUCCAGCAAGUGACACGCGCAACAUCAAUCAUCCACCGAUUGUGUCCUUCGCUCUUUGGGGAGUGCCAGUGCACGAGCAACGAAAAAGUGAUCCUUUAAAUACUUACUUAGUAGAUACGCGUGUGUAUGUGUAUGUGUGUGUUUGUACAUAAAAGGCAAUCGCCGCUGAA